UAAGGGGACAGGGCCAAGCAGCUCACUGGCUGACCCGGUCCACGUGAUCACCCACCGUUUCAUUGAUAUCGCCCUGUGUUGCCCCCUCCCUUAUCUGAUAAGGCAGGGAACCGGUAAGGUGGCACGGUCACCCAGGGUGAGACAAGGAGAGAUUAAUCAGAAGACCGGGCCUUUUGUGGAAGGUCUCAGUCCCGCUGAGACAAUGCUACAAUGAGCAGCUUCUUAGAUUACUCUGUGAUGAGCGGCGACGGCGGGUCCUGCUCAGUCAGGGCUUUCCACUCAGACCACGGAAUUACUACAUUCCAGUCCUGCGCAGUCACCGUGAACAACUGUGGGGCGGAUGAGCGCUUCAUGCCCAAUAGGUCUUCCCCGGAUGGCAUCCCUCACCAAACGGGGUCCUACCAGACUCCUACUGGCUCUCUGGGUUUAGCCUAUGGGGCCCAUCCUGCCUGCGGCUCGGGCUAUGGACCCCAGGGCUUCUGUGCCACCUACAACCAUUACGCACUGAACCAGGAAGUGGACUCGGCCACGGGUUUCCCCCAGUGCGCCCCAUUAAUGUAUUCCGGCAACAUUUCCUCGUCCAUGGUACCGCAGCAUCGCCAAGGUUACGGGGGAGCGCCCCUGGGUCAGCUCCAGUACGCUCACGCCACCUAUGGUGGCGGGCACGAGCAGGCGAACCUGCCUCCUUUCUCUGGGUGCUCAAACCCGCUGUCACCCCUGCACGCGGCCCACCUUGACUCGUGCUGCUCGCCCCUGUCCUCCGAGAGCGCCUCCAACGCACAGACCUUCGAUUGGAUGAAAGUGAAGAGGAACCCGCCCAAGACAGGCAGAUCAGGGGAGUAUGGCUAUGGGGGGCAGUCCAACACCGUCCGGACCAACUUCACCACCAAACAACUCACCGAGCUUGAGAAGGAGUUCCACUUCAACAAGUAUUUGACCCGCGCGCGGCGCGUGGAGAUCGCGGCAGCGCUUCAGCUGAACGAGACUCAGGUCAAAAUCUGGUUCCAGAACCGCCGGAUGAAACAGAAGAAGCGCGAGAAGGAAUGCCUGCUGCCCACCAAUGGCGCAGUGUCAGACGCGAGGGAUAGCUGCCCGGAAAAGGCAGCUGGAUCUGAGAAGUCCCUCUCCGCCCCCUCCACCCCAUCUCCAGCCUCUUCAACAGUGUCCUCUGGGGUUGACCCAUACUCCUCCAGCUAAAGAAUCCUUGCCGCGUGGCAACGGUCUACAUAUAGUAAAUAUAAUAUACAAGUCCUAAUUCGGAUAGGUUAAAUUAAUUUGAACAAGGUAAAUAUAAAAAUGUAUGCACUACUUGGGGGAUUUUGAGACAAUGAGAUUGGGCUAUUGUCCUGGCUACGUGGUUCAUCUAUGGUGUGUUGUAAUUUGUGGUUUAAACAGGGUAACACAUCUGACCAGUUCAUGGAGCUGUGAGUUCAAAUCUGUCAGAUUUCUAUUCCAAUUGUUCGUUCAUGUGUAGAGUAUUCAUAGUGCACAUGGGAUACUUUCCCAAGUCAAAUGCUGCAGAGUGUACCAUUGCUCCACAACGAGCUGGAUUUAUAACCUACACAAGCUGCACAACGAAACAAAUACCUCAUGUGUGCCAGAUUGAUUCAUUAGACAGUGCAGCACUACUUUCGCAGACUGUUUGCACUAGGAGUUGUGUUUUACGCACAAUCAGCCAGGAGAACUCUUAUGUGUGGAAUCACUGCUGGCACA